AUGAUACUUUCAUUCAUAACAACAUCUCCAAAUUAUGAAAACAUCAGAGUUUGGGCAGGUGGAAAUUAUGUAUCAAGAUCUCUUAUAGGUCAUACUGAAUUUUGUAAUGCUAUUUCAAAUAAUUGGACACCAGUUUGGCUUUCUCUAGAGGAUACAAUAUUUGGAUCAAACGUUGAACAAAUUGUUGAUAUAUUAACAUCAUUGCGAGAAAAUACAGUAAUCGAAUAUUUAGAUUUAUCAUACCCACAAUUUAAAGUUAAUAAGAAUGUUGCAUUUAGUCUACAAGAUUUCAUGAUAGCAGAAAAGGCUUGUGCAGCUAUAGGAAAGAUAAUGAGAGCAAACGGACAUAUCAAAGAAUUAAUUUUGCAAGGAAAUCCCGAUAAACAAUGGGGGCCAUCACUUGGAGCUAACUUAUCCGGAUUGGAAGUUAAUAAGAGUUUGGAAAGGUUGAAUAUAAGCGGGAACUCUAUAAGUGAAUCAGAUUUGAGGUCAUUAAGCGAAAUUUUAGUGCUAAAUUCAAAACUAAAAUAUUUGAACAUAGAUGAAAAUAUGGCAUAUAAAUUAUCAGUUCAGGAUUUUAAAGGGUGCGGAGAUGAUUUAUUGUUAGAAUUUUCAAACGAAACUUUUGGUAAACGGAGAGACCCUAGAAUGAGUGAGCCGGUGUCACCUACAAAAAGAAAUACUACAUGGAAGAAAUCUCAGGUCGAAAAUGGAAAUAGUAGGAAUGCCAUAUUUCUUGAAAAUAUGAAUAAAAUUGAAUCAGUAAGCAAGGUUAAAGUUGAAGAAGAUAGAAUGUUUCAGAGGAAUAAAUCUUAUUACAUUUAG